AUGGAAAAUAAUAAUAUAAAUUUAAAUUCAAAUGAAGAAGAAAACGUUAAUAUAACAUCUACAUAUGAGAAAUGUAUUAAAAAAGAUGAUAGUACACAUAAUAUUUCUGAUCAUUUCCAUGAUAACAAUAAAUCUGUUAAGAGUUUUUUUAGAGAAGAUGAACAACAUGUAGAUUAUUCUGAACUUAUUUCAGAUAUAGAAAAAAAAAAACAUACCGAUGAUAAAAAAGAAAAUAUAUCUAUAGAUUCUUCUGAUAAAAAAGAAAAUAUAUCUAUAGAUUCUUCUGAUAAAAAAGAAAAAAUGUGUAUAUAUUCUUCUGAUAAAAAAGAAAAUAUAUCUAUAGAUUCUUCUGAUAAAAAACAUGAGGAGAAUAUAAAAAAAGAACAUCAAAAUAAUGACGAUGAAAUGUUAGAAAAUAUAAAUAAAGGUAAUCAUAUAGAUAUAUUUAAUGAUAAUAAAAAUAAUAUUAAUUUUAUAUCAGAAGAAAAUAAAAAGGAAGAUAUAUUAAAUAUUAAUAAAAAUAUAUAUGAACAGGAUACUACCUAUAGUGAUAUACAUCUUAUAAAUACAGAACAUAUUGAUGAAGAAAAAAAUAUUCUAUGUAAUGACCAUAAUGAAGAAAAAAUAAUUAUACAAAAAAAUAUACAAAUUUCUGAUAAGAAAAUAAAUAUGAACUCUAAAGAUAAGGAAUAUAUUAAUAAAAUAAAUAAUAACAACUGUGACAUACAAGAGAAUGAUCAUCAUGUAUCUGAUGAAAAAAAUAUGUUGAUCAAUGAAGACGUGACGAAAAUUAAUGACACAUUUUCAAAAAAAUUAAAUAGUAAAUUUUCAAAGGAGGAAAAAAAAAAUGAUAAUGACAAGAAGGAUAUUAUUAAUGAUGAUAUUGUGUAUGACAUAAAUGUAUGUAUAAGUGUUGACGAGCAAAAUGAAAAAUUAAAAAGUGAUGAAAAAUUAAAAAGUGAUGUAAAAUUACAAAGUGAUGAAAAAUUAAAAAGUAAUGAAAAAUUAAAAAGUAAUGAUAUUUUAAAAAAUAAUAAGAUUCUAUCUUGUGAAGAAGAAGAAGAGGAAGAAAACCUUUCCUUAGAAGAAAUAUUAUAUGAAACAACAGAAAGAUCAAAAAGUUAUAACCGCAAGAAUUAUGGACUUUUAGGUAUAUUAAAAGUUAUAAAAAUGACAGACCCUAAUUUAAAUAUAUUAGCUAUAGGUUCUGAUUUAACAACAUUAGGAUUAAAUUUGAAUUCACCUAAUUAUAUUUGUACAUCUGUUUCUUCACCAUUCUCUGAAAACCCUAUAGAAAAUGAAGAAGAUUUUAUCAAACCUAUAUCCUAUUUAAAUACACAAUUUCAAAUACGAUUAUCAUUAUUAUUAAAAUUACAAACAGAGACUUUGUUUUAUAUUUUUUAUAAUUUACCAAGAGAUGUAUUACAAGCAUAUGCAGCAUCCGAACUUUAUAUAAGAAAAUGGAUAUAUCAUAUUAUAUAUAAAAAAUGGUUUACCCCUAAAAAUUCUACAAAUAAUAUGAAUUUAGAGAAAUGUGAUUCAUGGAUAUAUUUUGAUCCAAUAACAUGGUCAAAAAAAACAUAUGAUAAUUAUUUGAAUAUAAAAGAUGAUAUAAUGAAUGUAGAGGAUGUUACUAAAUGCAUUGAGCAAAUAAUUAAACUACAAUCUUAUUAUAACAUACACCAGCAAAAUCAUUAA